UGUUUUGAUACACAAAAACCUUUACAAAAAAUUAAUUUCUCGUCAAUUUCCCUUAAAAUUCACGAGAAACUAUGAAAUUCAUCAACAAAAUUUCACAAAUCCGACAUUUGGUGACACAAACCACAAAACCUCAUUACGUGACAACGCCUAUUUUUUACGUAAAUGCCGCUCCUCACAUUGGUCACUUGUAUUCAUCAGUAAUAGCAGAUGCCAUUUCCCGUUUUGAGCGUCUUUUGCAUCCGGAUCGAGAAUUACUCUUUUCAACUGGAACUGACGAGCAUGGAAGUAAAAUUCAGCAGGCAGCAGCGCGAAAUAACAUCACUACCGGUCAAUAUUGCGACUUAAUUUCUUCCAAAUAUCGAAAAUUAUUCGACGAAGCCUCGGUUUGUCCAUCGCGAUUCAUCAGAACGACAGAUUCUGAUCACAAAACUGCCGUUCAAGCAUUUUGGAGGCGACUUUCGGAGAAAAAUUUGAUUUAUACGACAAAUUACAGCGGCUGGUAUUGCGUUUCUGACGAAUGUUUUCUCUCGGAGGACCAACUGAAGCAACUUCCGAGCGGCGAAAGGGUUUCUGACGAGUCGGGACAUCCCGUGGAAUGGACCGAGGAGCGAAAUUACAUGUUCAAGUUGAGCGCUUUUCAAGAUGAGGUCGUUCGAUGGGCCGAAAGUGACUCGCGAAUCAAACCUUUGAAGUAUCAAAAAAUUCUUUUGCAUUUUUUGAGGGAGCCGCUUCCCGAUAUUUCCGUUUCUCGUCCCAAAGAACGGGUUAGUUGGGGUAUUGAUGUUCCCGGCGACGCUUCGCAAACGAUUUAUGUGUGGCUCGAUGCUUUGGUGAAUUAUUUGACGUCCGUCGGGUAUCCAAAUGACACUUUGAGACACUGGCCUCCCGAUGUUCAGGUCUUGGGGAAGGAUAUUUUGAAGUUUCACGGCAUUUAUUGGCCUGCGUUUCUCAUUGCGGCGGGUAUGGAGCCUCCGCGGGAGCUUUUUGUGCAUUCCCAUUGGACUGUGGACGACCAAAAAAUGUCAAAAUCCAAAUUUAACGUCGUUGAUCCCUUUGAACGGGCCGGAAUUUACACGAUGGAGGGUCUGAGAUACUUUUUGCUGCAUGAAGGAGUCGCUCAUAGCGACGGAAAUUACAGCGACACGAAAAUUUUUCGCAUGUUGAAUGCCGAAUUGGCAGAUACUUUGGGAAAUUUACUCUCCCGAUGCUGUGCGAAAGUCCUAAAUCCACGUCAAAUCGUUCCUUUUGCCAAUUUUGAGCUUGAUUCUUCCGACGAAUACCGAGAAAUGCAAGAUUUGGUACAAAAUUUACCUGAAAUUUGCUUAAAACACUACCGCGAACACAAUUUUUAUUUGGUAAUUGACUCUGUAAUGGCUUGUUUGCAUGCCAACAAUAAAUUUUUCGAAGCUACAAAGCCUUGGGAGCUCCGAAAAACGGGCAAAAAUGAAGAUUUGAUGAAACUUGAUGCCAUUUUGGGAGCAACAAUGGAGAAUUUACGCAUAUGUGGCAUCAUCCUUCAACCGAUAAUCCCAAAAAUGGCCGGAAAAUUGCUCGAUAAGUUGAAUGUCCCGGCAGAAAAACGUUUUUGGGCCGAUUUACAAGAAAAUAUUAACGUUGAAAGACCUUUGGGUAGCGAACAAGCUGCUUUGUUCCAACGAAUUUAUCCCCAAAAAGCCUCGGAAGUACCAAAAACGCCUAAAAAAGUAAAAAAUCCGAAUAAAAAAAAAUUAGCGCAAUAAAAAAAAUAAAUUUUUUUCCCAUUUUUCAUGUUUUAUUUUUCAAAUUUUAUUUUUUACAUCAGUAGAAAUGCAAGUGAAUACCGUUUUUUUACAGGCAUCGUUACUAUUUCUAUUUA